UUGAAAAAGUUUGGCAUGCUUUUCUUCUCCAAAAACUUUUUUUUUACUGUGCAGGUAACAUCUUUAGGAUUAUUGAAUCCUUUCUUUCCAAUUGUAGUAUAAAAGUUGUCCUCAAUGGAAAGCACUCUUUUUCAAAUUCAGGGGUUAGUAAAGGUUCUAUCCGUGGCCCUUUACUUUUUUAAUUUACAUUAAUGAUUUUCCAGAUAUUUUCUUAUCUUAGGUGGUAUUGUUUGCUGAUGAUACUAACAUUUAUACUUGUCUUGAUAAGAAGCUAGCAUUUUCUGAUUGCUUGGAGGGGGCAUUUGAGCUUGAAAAGGAUCUCACUUCUGCUAUAACAUGGGGUUCACAGUGGCUGGUGAAUAUGGUGUCCCAAAAAAAAAAAAAAAUUUUUGUGCCCUAUUAAAAACUUGGCUCUUAUAUGUAAAAAGACGAAAUAUAUAAAAAUAUUGAUCUGUGACAAGUGUAAGAGCUUGGUGUAAAACUUGAAAUUUUCAAAAAAUGUCAAUUUUUGUCAUAUUUUUUUAGUUUUUAUUAUUUUAAAUGUACCUGCAAUGAAAAAAAUGAUGAAAUUUAUUUUAAAGUAGCAUUAUUUAUCUAUUAUUUUUUAAAUUAGUCAUCUUUUACUUAUACUUAACAAUUUAUUUCAAUUUUUUUUCUUGAAUAUUGGUAUUUUAUUGGUUACCGCUAUUUUUUACUUAUUAACUUUUGAUUAGUUUAAAAUACAUGUGAUAUAAAAUUGUUUCAUUAUUUUUAGUUUCAUAAUUAAAUUUAUAUUUUAAAAAAUGGGUCGAACAGUAAAAAAAUCCAGCAAAAUAGAACCACGGGAAAAAGAAAAGUACACUGUUCAAAGCAGUUUAAGACGAUCUCUAUAUCUAUUAAAAUAUCCCAUAAAUGUGCUUCCAGGCAACCAGCCGCCCAGUUUCAAAAAUAUCUUGCAAUACUUUCACUUUUUGAAAUCUUCAAGGAGCACCAGAUUUCAGUCCAGCAAAGAAAUUAUUGCCUGUCCAACAAAAACAGGAACCAGAAGUCUAGUUUGCCAAUAUAGAGCAUGUAAAAUAUUAACCAAUAGAUGUGUAACUUUAGCUGUUACUGACAUCUGGAUAAAAGCUGGUUUUGUGUGCAACAUUAUUAGUGGAAGAUCUGUUAGUGAAAGGAUCCUAAAACUCACAGAGGAAUAUAACAAAAUGAAAAGAUGGAGUAAACUAAACUGGUGUUCAAGCAAAGGAAUCUGGACUACAAAGCAAGUAGAUUUCCAGGUGGAGAUUGAUACCUUAUUUGAUAUAUCUGCUCCUCAAAUAAUUGACAUGUUAAUGAAAGAUCAUAGAAGAACAGAAGAGGCAAAGAAAGAAGAUGUAGCCUUCUACGAAGACCUAAAAGGAAUCUAAAAGGAAUAUGGCCAUGACUGCACAACAAGAUAAAGAAUUUGAAACUAGGGCUCUGCGAAGAAAGGAGAGAUUUGAAAGAGUUAAAAUGUUGAAUGAUCAGAAAAACUCAAAGGCUCAAAAAGAAAAAAGGACUGUGGAAACAUUUGAGAGAUUGCAGAAGUCGACAGACAAGACAAUUCAUAACAUUGUUAGCCCAUUUGAAAGUUCUCUUUUAUGUGAAGAAAGUGAUGAUUCUGAAUAUGAUGUAUCCAAAUCAAAAAAAUCAAAAAUAAUUUUAGAAUUAACACCUGAUGAACUAAUUAAAGCUACUUCUGCUGUUAGCGUUCGGUAUAGAAUUGGUGUUAGGCCCCAGACUGCUAUAAUUUCUGCUAUCUGCAAUAAAGCAGGUGUUGACUUGCAUGAGAUUUAUUUAUCAAGAUCUUUUCUACAUAGAAAAAGAAUUAUUGAAAAUCUUGGAGAAACACUACGGCAGGAUGUUGUUAAUGUUUUAAAAGGAAAAAAACUUAUAGUUCAUUUUGAUGGGAAACUUGUUAGACAGCUGGAAGAGGAAAAUGAUCUGACAGUUACAUGUGAAAGAAUUGUAGUUAGUGUAACCAGUCCAGAUUUGGAAUGCAGAGAUGAUUUUUUGCUUGGCAUAGUACAGGCAGAAAAUUCAAGUGGGUCAGAGCAGGCACAUAUAAUCCUCAAUCUCUUGGAAUACUAUGAUAUUGUCGGCAAUAUUAUUGGUGUUUGCUGCGACACAACUGCAUCCAACACUGGAAAAUUUGCGGGAACAGUUACAAUUCUAUUAACUAUCCUUAAUACAAGUCUUGUCUGGUGCGUGUGUUGUCGCCAUAUUAUUGAAGUACAUAUUAAACAUUUUAUGACUGCACUGACUGGCGCCGAUACCAAGUCUCCGAGAAGAGAAAUUUAUGUUCGCUUACAGAAGGUUUGUUCAAAAAUGGUUGACAAGAUAGAUACAUCAUCAAUAAAUCUGGUUAAGCUUAACUGGACUUCUUUAGAGAUUAGAUCACCUAUUUAUAAUAUAGCCAAGACAGCAUUAAAGUUUGAAGAAACUGCACUAAAUGAAAAUAUUUUCAAGAGAGGAGACUACAAAAAUCUUUGUCAGUUGUUUGUUUACUACCUUGGUGGUUAUGUUCCUGGUAUAAAAUUUUAUCAGCCAGGAGCUUGUCAUGAAGCAAGGUUUAUGGCAGAUGCAAUUUAUUUGCUUACAUUAGAAAUGACAAAAGACAUCUCAAAUAUCAUGAACGAAAAGGAGAAGGAGAUGGUUACGACAGCUUCUUUAUUUAUAUCUCUAACAUACUGUCCUUGGUUUUUUAAAAGCUCUCUGAGUGUUAAAGCACCAGCUAAUGAUUUAGCAGCAUUUAAAGACAUGUUUGAUUUAAGUAAAGAAUAUCCUCAGUUUUCUCAACAUACUGAAAAGCAUGCAAAAUCAUACCUGGUAUUUAAGUCAGCAGCUUGUUGUAAUGGCUUUAGUGGAUGAUGAUGUAGAAAAAGUCGAGAAGAAGAAAAUACUCCAAAACCUCUUACAGAUUCCAGUUCCUAAAGAGUUCUUAAAAGGUAAGCCUAAAAUGCCUAUAAUCACACUGUCUACAACACUAUCAAAUUUAGUUGGUGACCAGAGCUGGAAUUUGUUUUGCCUAACCCAGGUUAUCCAUGACCAGGUUGAGUUAGCUGCACAAGGGGACAUUACUGUUCUAGUCAACUUUAAAUUUUUUGUUAAAAAUAUGGAAGUCACCAACAAUUAUGCAGAAAGAAAUAUAAAACUAAUACAAGACUUUAUUAUGUCAUACCGAAAUGAAGAUAUGAAGCAGAAUGUCUUGUUGGUUGCAAAAAACCAUAGAAAAAUGUUGAAUACAAAUCUGACUAAAACCCAGCUAAAUCAGAUUUGAAGUGCUUAUGAUAUUUGUUCAACCUUUUUUUCUACGACUCUUCAGCAUAUGCAACAUACAUUUAAAAUAAAUUUUAUUAUAAUAAAUGUUUAACAUGAUUAUUUUUCUAAUAUUUACAAGUUUCAUCGUAUAAAUAGGAAAAAAUCAAAAAUUUGAAGUUUUACACCAAGCACUUGUAACCGUUUAAAUUUAAAAAUUCUAAUAUAUUUGGUCAUAAUACGCCUAGUAACCAAGUUCUAGAUAGCGCACAUCUCUUUUUUCCAAAUUUUUUUUUUUGGGACACCCUUCUGGUGAACUUUAAUUUAGAUAAAAUCCAAUUCUU